AUGGAGAGUGCCAUGGAGUACUAUCCCGAAACAUUCGGCGAAGUCACCAUGCUGUACGUGAACGUGGAAGUCAACGGUCAUCCGAUCAAGGCCUUUGUCGACUCAGGUGCCCAGACCACCAUAAUGAGCACUUGCUGUGCGAAGCGUUGCAAUUUGGAGCGUCUUAUAGACAAGCGAUGGGCAGGCAUGGCCUACGGAGUGGGCACACAGUCCAUCAUCGGGCGUGUGCAUCAGGCCGAGCUGAAGAUUGGUAAAGCCCUUAUUCCGUCCUCAUUCGUGGUUCUGGAGAAUCAGCCCAUGGAUCUAAUGAUCGGCCUGGACAUGCUUAAGCGUCACCGUUGUUGCAUUGAUUUGCGCAACAACGUCCUGGUCGUGGGUGACCUCGCGACCGUGCCUUUCCUUCCAGAAUCCGAACUACCCACCUUUGCGCGCCACCCGGAGCAAGCCCGUCGGCCCUCCGGAUCUGAUGCAGUGUUUGAGACACUGACCGAUGAACAGAAGGUGAAGGUGACAAUUCUGACAAGCCAGAAUAUACCUCGUACUCAGGCAAUAACCCUGUUAAAGUCCUGCGGUUGGGACACAGAUGCUGCCUACCUCAAGUACCAACAUACCAUACCGUAG